GGGGUGAAUGAAGUGGAAGCGAUUCCCCCGCCCCCGCGCUUAGCUCCCCCUCCCUGUGGGGCCCGCCCCCCCUCGGCGCCCAGUCCAGCGUCUGCCUGUCCGCCUGCGGCUGUACUGGACCCUGACGUCUGGCUCCCCUGGGCCGGGACCCUGCGUCGCGGACUCGCGAUGGCCAAGCGCAGCUCGCUGUCCAUCCGCAUCGUGGAGGGGAAGAACCUGCCCGCCAAGGACAUAUGUGGAGACUGAGGCUUGGAGACGUGAACUGCUGGCUCCAAGUGGCAGAGCAAGCACGGGCAGCAGCGACCCUUACUGCAUCGUGAAGGUGGACAACGAGCCCAUCAUCCGGACGGCCACUGUGUGGAAGACCCUGUGCCCCUUCUGGGGCGAGGAGUAUCAGGUGCAUCUGCCCCCCACCUUCCACUCGGUGGCCUUCUAUGUCAUGGACGAGGAUGCCCUCAGCCGGGACGACGUUAUUGGGAAGGUCUGCCUGACGAGGGACACCCUGGCCUCUCACCCUAAGGGUUUCAGCGGGUGGGCGCAUCUGAUGGAGGUUGACCCGGACGAGGAGGUGCAGGGCGAAAUCCACCUGCGGCUGGAGGUGGUGUCGGGGACCCGGGGCUGCCGGCUGCGCUGCUCGGUGCUGGAGGCCAGGGACCUCGCGCCCAAGGACCGGAACGGUGCCUCUGACCCCUUUGUCCGUGUGCGCUACAAGGGCCGGACGCACGAGACCUCGAUCGUGAAAAAGUCCUGCUACCCACGCUGGAACGAGACAUUUGAGUUCGAGCUGGAGGAGGGGGCCGCGGAGGCGCUGUGCGUGGAGGCCUGGGACUGGGACCUUGUCAGCCGCAACGACUUUCUGGGCAAAGUGGUGGUCAACGUCCAGAGACUGCGCGCCGCCCAGCAGGAGGAGGGCUGGUUCCGGCUGCAGCCCGACCAGUCCAAGAGUCGCCAGCGGGGAGAGGGCAACCUGGGCUCCUUGCAGCUGGAGGUGCGGCUGCGGGAUGAGAUGGUGCUGCCCUCCGGCUGCUACCAGCCCCUGGUGCAGCUGCUGUGCCGUGAGGUGAAGCUGGGCACCCAGGGCCCAGGGCAGCUGAUCCCACUCAUAGAGGAGACGACAAGCACAGAGUGUCGCCAGGAUGUGGCAAGCACGCUGCUCAGGCUCUUCCUGGGGCAGGGUCUGGCCAAGGACUUCCUGGACCUGCUCUUUCAGCUGGAGCUGGGCCGCACCAGUGAGGCCAACACCUUGUUCCGGAGCAAUUCUCUGGCCUCCAAGUCCAUGGAGUCUUUUCUGAAGGUGGCUGGGAUGCGGUAUCUGCACGGCGUCCUGGGCCCCAUCAUUGACAGGGUAUUUGAGGAGAAGAAGUACGUGGAACUGGAUCCCAGCAAAGUAGAGGUCAAGGAUGUAGGGUGCUCCGGGCUGCACCGCCCGCAGACGGAGGCUGAGGUGCUGGAGCAGAGCGCGCAGACGUUGCGCGCCCACCUGGGGGCGCUGCUGAGCGCGCUGAGUCGCUCGGUUCGCUCCUGCCCCGCUGUGGUCCGCGCCACCUUCCGCCAGCUCUUCCGGCGCGUGCGCGAGCGCUUCCCCAGCGCCCAGGACGAGAACGUGCCCUUCAUCGCUGUCACCAGCUUCCUGUGCCUGCGCUUCAUCUCUCCUGCCAUCAUGGCGCCCAAGCUCUUCCACCUGCGCGAGCGGCACGCGGACGCCCGCACCAGCCGCACCCUGCUCCUGCUGGCCAAGGCCGUCCAGAACGUGGGCAACAUGGACACGCCGGCUUCCAGGGCGAAAGAGGCUUGGAUGGAACCGCUGCAGCCCACGGUGCGCCAGGGCGUGGCCCAGCUAAAGGACUUCAUCGCCAAGCUGGUGGACAUCCAGGAGAAAGAGGAGCUGGACCUGCAGCGAUCCCUGAGCUUGCAGGCACCGCCAGUGAAAGAGGGGCCACUCUUCAUCCACAGGACCAAGGGCAAGGGCCCUCUUAUGUCCUCCUUCAAGAAGCUCCACUUCUCCCUCACCACGGAGGCCCUCAGCUUUGCCAAGACACCCAGCUCCAAGAAAAGCACUCUCAUCAAGCUCUCCAGCAUCCGGGCAGUGGAAAAGGUGGAGGAGAAGAGUUUUGGCAGCUCCCACGUCCUGCAGGUCCUGUACACGGACGACUCGGGCCGGCUGCAGACCGCCUACCUGCAGGGCAAGUGUGUAAACGAGCUGAACCAGUGGCUGUCUGCCCUGCGCAAGGUCAGCAUCCACAACACCGGCCUGCUGGGCUCCUACCACCCUGGCAUCUUCCGUGGAGACAAGUGGAGCUGCUGCCACCAGAGGGACAAGACAGAUCUAGGCUGUGAUAAGACACGGCCCCGGGUGACCCUGCAGGAGUGGAAUGACCCUCUGGACCACGACCUGGAGGCCCAGCUCAUCUACCGGCACCUGCUGGGUGUGGAGGCCGAGCUAUGGGAGAAGCACCGGCAGCUGCUGGCGGGGCCAGGAGCAGGUCCUAUGCCCACGGGCCCUGGCGAAGCCCUACCUGCUCUGCCCCCAUCCUGCGUCUGCCUCCAGCCCCCCAAGACCCACUGGCCCAGCUGCUCCAGGUGCUGCAGGAUCUCAAGGAGGCCCAUAGAUCCAGUCCAGCAGGCUCCCCAUCCUCGGAGCCCAGCCACCUCCUGGAGCUGCAGACGUGAGGCUGACCUACGCCCCCACCGCUGCCGAACCCCACCAGGUGCUGGGAGACCCCCGUGCACACCCCGCUUUUCACCUCAGUCCCUCUUGGAGUGCGGGGCUUGGGUCUGUCCUGGGCCGGGGGACCAGGGGGCCCAGAAGUCCAGAGCUGACAUGACUCUGGCCCGUUGUUGCCCACCUGGCAUCCCCGAGGGACUCAGGAGCACCUGCUCCUCUCUGAGGCCUGGCUGCUCCCUGCCACCCCUGCAGCCCAGACUCUCCAGGGACCCUUCUCUCCUGCCCAGGGCAGACCCAGCUGGAAACACUCCUAGGGUGGUCCACGCCCAGUGGACCCAGAGAGGCACGAGGGAACGUGGAGCCCAGGAGACCAGGCCUCCAGCUCAGCACCCCCUUUGCUCCCGGCCACAACCCCACCUGCUCUCCUCACGGCCUCGCCUGUGCCCCCGGGGAGAGCAUCGCGGUGCUUUAUUGCCAACAAUAAACCUGCUGGGACUGCGGAGGCUCGGGGCUGUCGUGAUGGGGGUCAGAUGCUGGUGGGGGUGGCCGAGGACUGGGCCCUCCAGCAUAGCCUCUGCUCCCCCUGACCCAGAGAGCUCCUCUCUCCUCCCACCUGCUGUCCUGGCCAUACCUUGGUGCAUCCCCCAGAGGCUGCAGAGCCUGAUCUGUCCCUCCCUGCAGCCCCCCAAACAGACCUUUUCUCCAAGUGUCCUGAAGAUUGCACGCGGGGGCAGGUUCAGAACCUCUAACCAUGGAAGUUCCCGUCAUGUCUCAGUGGUUAGCGAAUCUGACUAGGAACCAUGAUGUUGCAGGUUCUAUCCCUGGCCUUGCUCAGUGGGUUAAGGAUCCGGUGUUGCCGUGAGCUGUGGUGUAGGUCGGCAGCUGUAGCUCCGAUGGGACCCCUCGCCUGGGAACCUCCUUAUGCCGUGGGUGCGGCCCCAGAAAAGACAAAAAAAAAAAAGCCCUGGCAGUGUCUUAUGCCAGCCCCCUGUCCCAGGCAAGGCUUCCUCUGGUUGUCACCUCCCCACCCACCACCCAGCCCAUCCCUAGACACACAGCAGCCUCCAGCGCCACUGAUGAGGUGGUAAGAUAGGAGGCACCGGCUCUUCGGCACAUUUUUAAAGCUUGUGCAACCAAGCUUGAGCCUCACCUGUGAAUCCCAGACCGAGGACAGUCCCCAAGGGCCUGGGUCACAGGCAGGACCCCUGGCCCAGCUCGGGGGCAGGGCCACGUGGGCAGACUGCAUGCUGCCUGCUUUGAGGCGAUGGGGUGAUGGUACAAGGGUCUGCCCCCUCCCCUCUCCCUAUGGCUUUUGGGGCCAUAGUGACCUUUCCUCGUGGCCGCAGCCUGCCAGCCCCUGGGACGUUCAUCGCCUCUUGGUCAUGAUGCUAACCAUCUGUGGGCCUCGUGAGCCUCCUCGCAGGACCUGGCGUCCUCUCUCCCUUCACAGCCCAGGGCUCAGGCCCAGGAGUGCUUGAGCCUGCUCCCUGCUCUGCGCGCCCCGCCCUCACCAGCAGCUCGCUUCUCUGGCUACUUCCUUGGGGCCUCACACACAAAUUCGCAGGCCUCUUUGAUUUUCUUGGGUGUCAAGCACCUCAUGGUAAGGAAGCAUGGACCCCAGGGUCUACUGAGACCCAGGGCAGGGUGUGAAGGGGAGAGAGGCUCCUGCGGGACCUGAGACCAAUAGGACGGAGCGAUUAACUGCACACCCACAGGCUCCUGCUGGCAACGCCCACCACCGUCUCCACCAAUGGAUCCUGGCGUGGGCGUGGCCACCGUGGCCGGAAGUGGCGUUCAAAUGACUAAAUGCCCGGCCCUGCCCCCACCUCACCUGUGAGCACUCUGGCUCCUAGGUUCUCUUCUCAGGUUCUGAGCAGAGUUACCUGCAAUCCGGGAUGCCACGUUCUUUUUGGAGGCCACCUGGCAAAAGGACAGGGACAGAAGAGACUCCUGCCUGCCCUCAGCACGGCAGGUCCUAAAGGUCAGACUCUCCAUCUGCACAGGGAGUGUGGACACCACCACUUCCCCAGGAUCGCCAAGCCUCUUAUUCAUCUGGGGCCCCGGGGCAGGUCCCCCCAGAUGUCCUGAGGGUUUGAUUGGGCCCCCGGACAGAGGCCUGCAGCCUAGGGGGCUGGCGUUCACUACAGGGCAGGCACUCUCGGAAGCCCUCAGUGGGCACAGUUCACAUGGUACGUGCAUCUGUCAUAGUCUGGGCCGAUCCCAUAAGAAAUCUGAGCAAGUUCCACCAUACUCCUCUUGGGAAAUUCCCGACGAUGUAUAUUUUUUGAAUAUGUUAAAAAAACAGGACUCUUGGCGUUCUCAUCAUGGCACAGCCGAAACGAAUCCGACUAGGAACCAUGAGGUUUCGGGUUUGAUCCCUGGCCUCGCUCAGUGGGUUAAGGAUCCUGCGUUUCGUGGCUGCGGUGCAGGCAGGCAGCUGUAGCUCUGAUUAGAUCCUGUAGGCUGGGAACCUCCAUAUGCCACGGGUGCGGCCCUAAAAAGACAAAAACACCAAAAAAAAAAAAAAUGAUUCUUACACCAAAAUACAAUGAACAUGUAUCAAAGAUUUAUUACGCAUCGAGGAGGAAUUGAGCGUUUGGCAAACCUGGUUCGUGGACUAUUUUGAGAACCUGAGCAAUGUUAAAACAAGAUUGUGAUAAUAGAUACAAAACUGGUGGAUGGA